CCCGGAAAUGCCUUCCUGUUUGAAGCGCGACAGAUAACGGGAAUUCCCUCGGGAAUGCGAAUCCCAGCGAUAAACCGGAUUCUCCCCGCGCGUUUCGUCAUGGCGGGCUUCAUAAACAGGAUCAGGAUCAGUCGAUCGAUGAACAAGACAGACUUCCAUCAUUCAAGCCUCUCCCAACAUGUCCGGCCUCUCCGUCGAGCUCACCACCCCCAACGGGCACCGCUACACGCAGCCCACGGGUCUCUUCAUCAACAACGAAUUUGUGCCUUCGAGCGGAGGCGCGAUCACCUCGAUUGACCCGGCCACCGACACUCCCAUUGCCACUGUUCAUGCGGCCGGCGCCGACGAUGUCGACCAUGCAGUCCAAGCAGCCAAGGCUGCGCUCGUGCAUCCCUCGUGGAAGCUGCUCGCCGCCACUGAACGUGGCCAGAUGCUGGCCAGAUUGGCCGAUUUAAUCGAGAAGAAUAAAGAGCUUUUUGCUACCAUUGACGCGUGGGACAACGGAAAACCAUACCAAACCGCCUUGAAUGAAGACUUGCCCGAAGCCAUUGGCACAAUCCGGUACUACAGCGGCUGGGCGGAUAAGACGUUCGGUCAGACUAUCAGCACGACUCCGGCCAAGUUUGCCUACACAAUCCGUCAACCGAUCGGGGUCGUUGGCCAGAUCAUCCCGUGGAACUACCCUCUUUCCAUGGCGUGCUGGAAGCUGGGUCCCGCGUUGGCCUGCGGGAACACAGUGGUGCUCAAGCAAGCAGAGCAGACUCCGUUGAGUGUGCUUGUGCUGGCAACGCUGAUCAAGGAGGCCGGCUUUCCUCCAGGGGUUGUGAAUAUUAUCAACGGCUACGGCCGCGAGGCUGGCGCAGCUCUGGUAUCGCAUCCUCUGGUUGAUAAAGUUGCCUUUACCGGGUCAACCGAAACAGGAAAGGCGAUCAUGAAACAGGCUGCUGGGACCCUGAAAAACAUCACCCUCGAGACUGGCGGCAAGUCACCGCUGGUGGUCUUCCCAGAUGCAGACCUCGAUCAGGCUGUCAAGUGGUCACACUUUGGCAUCAUGGGGAAUCAGGGUCAGAUUUGCACUGCCACGUCGCGAAUAUUUGUCCACAGGGAUGUCUAUGAAAAGUUCCUUUCCAUGUUCAAAGAAGCCGUCCAGACAACCUCCAAGAUUGGCAGCCAGUGGGACGAGUCAACCUUCCAAGGGCCGCAGGUAACCCGGUCGCAGUACGAGCGCGUCCUUUCAUACAUUGAUCUCGCAAAGAAAGAAGGCGCAAAGAUCCUCAUCGGCGGCGCCGCUCAUACACCAGCCGAUGCCAAGAUCAAGAAUGGGUAUUUCGUUGAACCUACCGUGCUGAUUGACGUGGACGAUUCGAUGCGUGUUGUCCGCGAGGAGAUCUUCGGUCCUGUCGUGGUCAUCUCGUCCUUCUCAACCGAGGAAGAAGCUGUCCGGCGAAGCAACGAUACUAUCUACGGUCUUGGGGCUGCCGUGUUUACUCGUGAUGUUGAACGGGCACAUCGCGUGGCGGCGGAAAUCGAAUCCGGCAUGGUCUGGAUUAACAGUAGCCAGGAUUGCGAUCCUCGGGUUCCCUUUGGUGGUGUCAAACAGAGCGGCAUUGGACGGGAGUUGGGUGAAGCUGGUCUGGAGGCGUAUAGUCAGGUCAAAGCCGUUCAUGUCAACAUGGGGACGAAGCUGUGAUGGUUGCGAGGGUUAUGAAAUGAGAAUGAGGGAAAACGCAUGUAUCUGGUUUUCUUAUCUCUAAUGUGACAAGAAUGCCAGCCUUUGAUGAUAGCCUACACAUCCCUCGGUAACAGUUAGCUUCUAUAUACCAUGUCUUUCUCCAAUGCAGGAUGCCCCGUGAACGGGAUACGGCAAGACAUACUCAUUUGCCG